AAGAAAAGUCCUCCUCCUCCUGUUUGAUGAAAUAAAAACUCAAGAAGCCAUUGUUGAAUGUGUUUUGAAACUCCGUCUUGAGGUUGACGGACAUAAAAGCACGCAGAGAGAGAGAAGCCCCCCCCGGGAAUUCCUGCGGUCUGUCUUCUGCUAGCAGCUCCGUCGGAGACAGGGGCCAUCUCUCUCUCUCUCUCCUUGAUCUGCAAUUAAAAGGAGGCUUCUUUGUCUCUCUUAAUUCUUGAUUCGCAAGUGGGUCUUUGUCGAAUUGCUCCGAAGACGAGAAGGGCGAUUUCAGGCUGUGGAAAGGUGUUGUGCAUCAGUGACCCCAUUGUAGUGAUUGCUGAAGUGAAAGGAGUUUAAAAGGUUAGCUCUUGGUUAUCAUUGGGUGGAGGUAGAAAAAUGACCUGGAAACCAUUACAAGAAGCACAGCUAUGCUCCUUGCUGGAGUCAAGAUUUAGUUCUUAUGUUUAGAGGAUUAUAUAUCGGAUCCCAUAAUCUUGUGCUGAAGUGAAGAGAGAUGACUCGAGGUAGGAUAAGGGCAAGGAUCCGCCAGAGCAACCUUUAUACCUUCGGAUGCGUCCGUCCCAACACUACCGAGACUCAGAACCCGCAGUCAUUACAAGGCCCAGGCUAUUCUCGCAUUGUACAUUGCAACGAGCCCCAUGUGCACAAAAAGAAACCUCUGAAAUACUGCUCGAAUUACAUAUCAACCACAAGGUAUAAUGUCGUUACAUUUUUGCCCAAAGCAUUUUUCGAGCAAUUUAGGAGGGUAGCGAAUAUUUACUUCCUUGUGGCUGCAAUAUGCUCUCUUUUUUCUUUUUCCCCGUUCACCCCAUUGAGCAUGAUUGCCCCGUUGGCAUUUGUUCUUGGGGUUAGUAUGGCGAAGGAGGCUGUAGAAGAUUGGCAUAGGUUCAUUCAGGAUAUGAAGGUUAAUAACAGAAAAGCUAGUGUCCAUAAAGGAGAUGGAGUCUUUGGUUAUAAACAGUGGCGGAAUAUUGGUGUAGGGGAUGUCGUGAAAGUUGAGAAAGAUCAAUUUUUCCCUGCAGACUUGCUUCUGCUAUCAUCCAGUUACGAGGACGGUCUCUGCUAUGUUGAAACCAUGAAUUUGGAUGGUGAAACAAAUUUGAAAGUAAAAAGAUCGUUGGAGGCGACUUUGCCUUUGGAUAGUGAUGAAAGUUUCAAGGACUUUACUGGGAUGAUCAGGUGUGAAGACCCGAAUCCCAGUCUUUAUACCUUUGUGGGAAAUUUUGACUAUGACAGGCAGAUUUAUCCACUGGAUCCUAAUCAGAUACUCCUCAGAGAUUCCAAGCUCAGGAAUACAGCUUAUGUUUAUGGAGUGGCUAUUUUUACUGGUCAUGAUAGUAAGGUGAUGCAAAAUGCGACAGAAUCGCCUUCCAAAAGGAGCACAAUAGAGAGGAAAAUGGACCGCAUCAUAUAUGUUCUUCUUGCUGCUCUACUCGGUAUCUCAUUGAUCAGUUCUAUAGGAUUCUUUGUGCAGACAAAGUACCAAAUGCCCGACUGGUGGUACUUGCAGCCCGAGAACCCUAUGUCCUGUUAUGAUCCGAAGAAAGCAGUGGCAUCGGGCUUAUGCCAUUUUGUCACUGCUCUGAUGCUGUAUGGGUACUUGAUACCCAUCUCUCUGUACGUAUCCAUCGAGAUGGUUAAGUUUUUGCAGGCAAUUUUUAUUAAUGGGGACCUGGAUAUGUAUGAUGAACAGAGCGGGGUUCAUGCUCAUGCAAGGACCUCAAAUUUGAAUGAGGAGUUGGGCCAGGUGGACACGAUCCUCUCUGAUAAAACCGGAACGUUGACAUGUAAUCAGAUGGAUUUUCUCAAGUGUUCCAUUGCAGGUACUGCAUAUGGUGCUGGAUCCAGUGAGGUUGAGCUUGCUGCUGCAAAGCAAAUGGCCAUUGACCUUGAGGAGCAGGACCCUGAGAUUUCCAGCACCUUCACUGUGCGGGACAACAGAAACCAGUUUGGGGCAUCGGAGAUUGAACUAGAGACAGUCGUUACUUCUAUGUCUGGAAAGCGUAAGAAAUGCGCCAUAAAGGGCUUUAGUUUUGAUGACAGCCGUUUGAUGGAGGGAAACUGGAUGAAAGAACCAAAGCCAGAUAUGAUUCUGCUGUUCUUCCGGAUACUAGCACUAUGCCACACUGCGAUUCCCGAGGUAAAUGAAGAGACAGGUGAAAUCACGUACGAAGCUGAGUCCCCUGAUGAAAUAGCAUUUCUGGUUUCUGCUAAAGAAUUUGGAUUUGAGUUUUGCAAAAGAACUCAAACAAGCGUAUUUGUCCGUGAAAAAUAUCCUUCUCCAGUUGAAAGGGAAUAUAAAAUUCUGAACCUGUUGGAUUUUACCAGCAAAAGAAAGCGGAUGUCUGUGAUAGUGCGGGAUGAGGAAGGGCAAAUUCUUCUUCUGUGCAAAGGUGCUGACAGUAUCAUUUUCGAUCGGUUGGCAAAGAACGGAAGAGUAUAUGAGGAAGCCACUAGCAAACAUCUGAAUGAAUAUGGUGAAAAUGGGUUACGUACGCUAGCACUUGCUUAUAGAAAGCUUGGAGAGUCAGAGUAUUCUGCUUGGAAUGACGAGUUUGUCAAAGCAAGGACUUCUAUUGGAGCAGACAGAGAUGCCAUGCUUGAAAGGGUGUCUGAAUUGAUGGAAAAGGAUUUGGUUCUUGUGGGUGCCACUGCUGUGGAGGACAAAUUGCAGAAAGGGGUGCCCCAGUGCAUUGACAAACUUGCCCAAGCUGGUCUUAAGCUGUGGGUUCUCACCGGAGAUAAGAUGGAAACUGCAAUCAACAUAGGAUUUGCUUGCAGUUUACUUAGGCCGGGGAUGAAGCAGAUCUGUGUAACAGCAACAAGUCCAGACACAUUAGGGCAAGACUCGAAGAAGGCCAUCAAAGAGAACAUCAUAAUGCAAAUCACCAAUGCUUCACAAAUGAUCAAGCUAGAAAAAGAUCCACAUGCUGCCUUUGCACUGAUAAUCGAUGGAAAAACUCUGACCUAUGCCCUUGAAGAUGACGUGAAGCAUCAAUUCUUAGGAUUGGCAAUUGACUGUUCAUCGGUCAUAUGCUGUCGGGUCUCUCCUAAGCAGAAGGCACUGGUGACGAGGUUAGUGAAGGAAGGAACCGGCAAGACUACAUUAGCAAUCGGUGAUGGAGCGAAUGAUGUUGGCAUGAUUCAAGAAGCUGAUAUCGGCAUUGGCAUCAGUGGGGUGGAAGGUAUGCAGGCUGUGAUGGCUAGUGAUUUUUCGAUAGCCCAGUUUCGGUUUUUGGAGAAACUCCUAGUGGUUCAUGGACACUGGUGCUACAAAAGAAUAGCCCAGAUGAUAUGUUACUUCAUCUACAAGAACAUAGCAUUCGGUUUGACCUUCCUCUACUUCGAAGCUGUGACGGCCUUCUCUGGGCAAUCGAUCUAUGACGACUGGUACAUGAUAUUGUUCAAUGUCUUUGUCACUUCAUUGCCCGUCAUUUCGUUGGGCGUAUUCGAACAAGAUGUUUCCGCCGAGGUUUGCUUGCAGUUUCCCGCACUAUAUCAGCAAGGACCCAAAAAUUUGUUCUUCAACUGGUAUAAGAUAUUUGGGUGGAUGACGAAUGGUCUCGUUGCCUCCAUCAUUGUUUUCACCAUCAACGUUCUCUUCUUCUACGAGCAAGCGUUUCGCUCAGGAGGCCAAAUGGCCGACAUGACAGCCGUGGGAACCGUGAUGUUCACUUGCAUCGUGUGGGUGGUGAACUGCCAGAUUGCGCUCACCAUGAGCCACUUCACAUGGAUCCAACACUUGUUCAUCUGGGGAAGCAUCGCAUUUUGGUACCUGUUCCUCUUCAUCUACGGAUUGUUCUCUCCCAUUUACACGGGGAACGUAUACAGGAUUCUCGUCGAGGUCCUUGCCCCUGCCGCGAGUUUCUGGGCAGCCACCCUCCUGGCGACGGUUACCUGUAACCUGCUUUACUUCUGUCACAUAUCUAUCCAGAGAUGUUUCUAUCCCAUGGAUCACCACAUCAUCCAAGAAAUCAAGUACUACAAGAAGGACGUCCGAGACCAUCUCAUGUGGACAAGGGAACGGUCCAAGGCCAGACAAGAAACCAAGAUCGGUUUCACCGCGAGGGUGGAGGCAAAGAUUAGGCUUCUGAAAGGGAGGCUGCAUAAGAAGCACCUUGCCGUCGGAUCGUGACAGGACUCAAAGAAGGUCUUGGUUCUAGGUUGACAUGGGUACAUUUUUUUCUUUCACUAGGGUUUGAGGCCAUUGCAGAUUUCUUUGUUGUGGCCCUUUUCUUGUUCAAUUUUUUGU